ACUGUCGCUGCGCUUCACUAACAGUUGGGUGUUUUUUACACCCUCUCCCUCCUCCAUCUUCACUCUUUCUUCACAAGACACAAUGAGAUUAACAGCGCUCUGCGUGUGUGGGACCCUGCUGGCCUUUUCAAGUCUCUCUCGGACCAGAGCGGAGGAAGCAGUCCUCCUGGGUGACCAGGGAUUUGGACCCUGUGCUGCGACUCUGAGACCGGUAGGAGCGUGUAGACCGGGGGACCACGACAACACGUGCCCCUUCCACAUCGAUCUUCCUCCUCUGGUUGUUCAUUUGCCACAACAUCUUUUGGAGUUGGAGAACAUCAUGCAGGACCUGCAGAAACUGAAGGAGAGCGUCGAUGAGCUGAGGGAAAUGUGUGCAGAUUGUGCAGGUGGUCAAGCUGCGAGAAACUGUGAGAGGAAGAAUGAAGGAGAGCUGAAUGGAGGUAAGAUCACGAAUGAGGAUGAGGGGGACUGGCUGAAUAAGAGACUUGAAGAGAAUGAGAGAAAUUUCAGACAGGAGUGUGGAAAAGAUGGUGUUAAGGUGGAAACAAUGGGCGGAAGUAACGAGGAAAAAAAGCUGAAAGACUGGAACAAAUGGGAAACAGGGGGAGUUGUAAAGGAAAACGGGAGAGGAGAACCUGUGACUGAGGGCUCAAGAGGAGAGGACACAUUAAAAACGCCAGCCUCUGGUGGAAACAUAAAAUCUGUUAAUGUGACAAGAGGAAAGAUUGCUGAGAUAAAUCCCAAAGGGAGCUCAAGGAAAAUUCAAGAUCUGUUGGACAAAAACAAGGAAAAAACAAAAGAAGAAACUAGCCAUCCCAUAUGGCGAGAUAAGACAAAAGUGGAAAAAAACACUGAAGCUGAAGCCAUUGAUAGAAUAAAGAUGUCUAAGAACCACACAAUGAAUAUAAAUAAGGAACAGCGGCAGAUUGAAAUGGAAAAGGGAGUAAAAGUGGACCCAAAUAAAAAGAAACCAAAGCAGAUGGAGAGGUUUGGGCUCGCAGAAAAAGGGAGGGAGAUUAAAACGGAGAGUGUGCAGAGAGAUGACGAUAGAGAAACAUCAUCCAGCAAGACAACUAAAAAGACAGACUUUUUAUCGAUCAGUCCGUCUCCCCUUACAACAGAAUUAACUUCAAGGCCGGACUUGAGCGACAGUAAAAGCUUUACAUCAUCUCUUCCAUCACCUUCUCUACUCCGCUCCACUUUAAGCUCCAUCACAGAUGUCACUCGUGACCCAAAAGCUGGUUAUGGACUAACGGGAAGCACAGAGCCCGGAGCAGCUGGUGUUACUGAGCCUCAACGCCAAGGUAAGGGGCGGCUAUCUACAACAACAGAAACAAUAUCCACAGUGGGUGGUCCAGGACAGCAGAUAGCCAUUGCUGAUGCAGAGUUAUCCAUAACAACUCCAACCACCUCAUCUCCUCUUCACACUGUAUUCAUAACAUCAUCAUUCAGAGUUACAGAUCGUAGUCAUGGGGCACCAAAGAAGAACAUCAGCUCAAAACCCAAGACCAAUCUGAAACCUCCACCAGUCCAUGCAUCGAAGCCUGGUGAAAAAUAUAAAUCUGGAAGUAAGCCUGAAGCGGACAAAAGACUAAGGAAUGCCAAGAAUGACCAUAAACCAAAUCAAGGUCCUUCAUCAGAAGGGAAACCUAAACUCAACCAAAGGAAUAAGCCUCACAAAUCCACAGGUGUAAAAUUCAAACCUGGCAAAGACUCAAAACAAAUCCAAAAUAAAAAAACCGGCCAAAAAAACAGCACUGAUAUUUCAACAACUGAGGAAAAUCUCAAAAGCAAUUUGAUGCAUAAACAGGAAGGAAGAGCAAAUGAGACACAAUCAAAGCAAAACGCUUCACCUGCUGUCCAGAGACCUGCAGCUCAAAGACCUCCAGCUGUAAAUGCGACACAUGCAGGUAAAUAUAAAUUAACCAAUAGAAAGUCUGGCAAAAUUUCAAAUACUGACCAAAAUUUAAAGCCGGGAAAAAAAUUUGUUCAUGUUUUUAUUACUGACCUACCUGACCAAAAGUCAAACAAAAGGCUGGGUGUAGAAAAAUUUAAUGAAACAAUUAUAUUACAAAAUCCCAAUCAUUCAUCAAAUCCAACUGAUGAAGCCAAUCCCCCGAAGAGCAAAUACAUCCAGAAAAUCCCAACAUUUAAACCUGAACCUACCUCAGAAUCAACACCAAAACCAAACCAGAUACCUUCAAAUGAAUUUGUGGGCACAUUUGAAGAAAAUAUGGAACAGGAGAUUACAAACAGUCCAGAUUUAACCUCUGGACAAAAGAACAUUGCUGAACGACCUCAUACAUCUCCCGAUAACACCAAUGACUCCACUCAGAAUCACUUUAAGCAUUCCCAAGAGUUUGAAACUGAAACAGCUACACCUUUAACUGAGGCAGUGGACAUCUCUGAAGAAAAUUCCUUGCAGGAGCCCAAAUAUAAUCCAGAUUUAACACCUGGACAGACAUAUGUACCGGAUCAAGCUACUGUAACCCCUGAUCAGAAGAAAAAUUCCAGCCAGGAUCGCCUUAAAAUCAAAAGCAAGCCAGAAUCUACUCAAGAAUCUUCUUCUGAAUCUAACAAAAUAGAAACAUCUACAAAAACUCCAAAACAAACGCUGUUAACUGAGCCAUUGAACAAAUCAAAUAAAAAUCCCUCACAUGACCCCAAAUCAAAUCCAGAUGUAAGACCUGGACGGACAUCUGCUCCGGAUCAACCUGCUGUGACCCAUCACCUGAUGAACAAAUCCAGUCUGGGAAUUCCUGAAACUAAACACAAACCCAAGCCUAAACCUAGCAAGCCUAAAUCACAGAGAAGUGAAACCACUGCUUCACCAAAACCAAACCAAAGGUUUUUAACCCAUGUUGGAGAUAAAUCUGAAGAAAAUCCCUCAAGGAAGUCUAAAAACCCUUCAGACUUAACACCUAGACUGGAAGUUAUAUCUGAUCGAGCUAAUACAACACUUGAUUACAUGGAUAAAUCCAGCCAGGAAAGCCACAAAACUAAACACAAGCCUGAUAAUAACAGAGAGUAUAAAUUUGACAAAGCAAACAAUUCUGAUGAAAAUUCCUUGCAGGAGUUUAUAUCAAAUCCACAUUUAACACCUGGACAGACAUCUGUAUUAGAUCAAGCAACAAAACACUCUGAUCAGAUGACUAAAUCCAGUGAGGAUCAUGUUAAAGAGACGCACAAAUCAGAAAACAUCCAAAGGUUUAAGUCUAACAAAAGUGAAACAGGAAAUACAAAACCUUCAACUAAGUCAGUGGGCAUGUCUGAAGAAAAGUCCUGGCAGGAACCAACGCCUAAUCCAGGUUUAAGACCACAUCGAGGUACCACAAGCCCAGAUCAGAUUAAAAAAUCCAGUGAGGAUCAUCUUAAACCAGAAAAUAUUCACAAGAUUAAGUUUAACAAAAGUGGAACAGCAACCUCAAAACCAAUCCAGGAACUUUUUCCAGAGUCAGUGGACCAGUCUGAGGACAUUCAGGAACCUACAUCCUACCCAGAUUUAACAGCUGGACAAACAUCAGCACCAAAUCAAGCAACUACAAUCCCUGAUCAAAUUAACAAAUACAACAAAAAACACCUUAAACCUCAAACUUCUCAAGACUCUCAAAGUCCAGUAGUGACACAAAAACCAUCGAUUGAUUCAAGGGACACGUUUCAAGAAAAAACCCUUCAGAAACCUACAUCUGAUCCAGGUCAAGCACCUGUAGAAACAUCUACAAUAGAUCUAGUUACUGCAACAACUUAUUGGGUGGUUGACACCAGUCGAUAUCAUCUCAAAACUAAAGAAAACCCAGAAAAAAUCCAUGAUUUUACAUCAAAUCAAAACAAAGUAGCAACCCCAAAACCCAAGCAAAAACCUUUACCCGAGACCUUGGAGGAAAAUUCCAUGCAGCAAGCCAAAUUGUAUCCAGAUUUAGCACAUGGACAAACAUCUACACCUGGUCUCGCAACGACGGCACCUGAUCAUAUGGAUACAUUUAACAAUGAAUAUAUUGAAACUCAAACUUCUAAAGAGUUUAAAUUUUACAAAAGUGAGACAGCAUCUCAAAAACCAUCAACUAAAACAUGGAACAAGUCUAAAGAAAUAUCUUUCCAGGAGGCCAGGCCUACACUGGAUUUAGCUCCUGUAGUCCCUAAUCAAAGAAAGAAAUCCACCAACAGUGACUCUCAAACUAAACAUUCUCAUGUGACUAAAUUCAACAAAAAUGAAAAAAGACUAAAACCUUUAACAGAGUCAUGGGAAAAGUCUGAAGAAGCAUCUUUGCAGGAACCAACAUCUAAACCAGGUUUAGCAUCGGAAGAAACAUCUACAUCAGCUCUAGCUACUGCAACAACUGAUCAGAUUACAAAGACCAUCCAGGACCGCCAUGGAACUAAACAAAACCCAGGAAACAACAAAGGGUUUAAGUCAGACAAAAGUGAUACAGCAACACCAAAAUCCAACCCAAAACUUUCAUCAGAGUCAAAGAGUAAAGAACAGGAGCAUAAAAACAAGUCAGACUCAACAUCUGAUUCAGCUAAAAUCUCACCAGACCAAAGCUCCAAACCUGGCAGUAAUAUACCUAAAUUUAGCAGAACACCUAAACCUAGUCAAGAGAACAGACAAACCCAGAAAAAUCCAAAGGUCAAUCCAAGCUUAAAAACAAGAAUAAAUGCAAACCUUAAAAUCAACCAAACCAAACAAACAAAUCCAAGGUUGAAACCCCCGAGACCUGGCUUAACGACUAAUCUAAAACCAAUAUCUGUACCUGAGAAAAUCAUAAAAUCAGCGCACAACAAAACAUCCAGGCCGAGGCAUCCAUUUCGACACAAACCAUUAACAGGACCUACAUUCAGGCCAGGAGCUAAACCUGUCCAGAGAUCAAAACAAGCAGUGGAACCAAAGCCAAGUCCCCAAACCAAUACAAACCCACCUCAGAUCAGCUGGGUUCCUUCAGGAAAUAUCCAAAACUCUCAUACUGACAUGCCACCUACAUCUGGCCUCGAAAAACAAAUUGCUAAAGUGAGUCAUACCCAGGGAGAAACAGAGUUCAACACAAGUGUGAGGAAGACCAUAACUCUAAGUCCAAAGACCUCAAACAGCUUGAAAAAUGGAUACUUCCCUGCCACUCACACCCAACCCGAAGACUUCACAUCGAGCCCAAACACUAGGAUUACGUCUGAUCCGAGGCCACAAACAGCCGGGCUGCUGUCAUCUGCCCCAAUGACAACAAGACCAAACGACACCAACCGUAGGAUCCUCCAAAAUGUUAUCAUUAGCACUGGUCCAGGAGCAACACAGCUGAGCGUAGCUCCCAAAUCUAAGGCUAAGACACAUCAUGAGGAAGAAAGUCCCCAUGCAAGCCCAGUUUCUCCCCCCAGUUUGAAAACUACCUCCACACUCAGCCCCAAGUUCAGGUCAAAGACCUCCUCCAGCUCUGGCCCUGAGCCCCCACCUGCAGAAAUGUCCACUCCUAGUCCACGAGAGCUGCGUGUGAAAAUCAACCAGGUGCCUGCGUUUGUCAACAACAGCCUGAUUCCUAACAGGAGACCAGACAAGCUUCCAAAGGAGCCCCAGACCGACGAGGGGCCUGAGAGGACACACGGGAAACUGCCAACAUCUGCAGUAAUAAGAGACUGCUCAGACCAUCUCCUCAGAGGAAAAACCAGGAGCGGACUUUACCUGGUGACCCCUGACCUCCGCAGCAGCAGCUUUCAGGUGUUCUGUGACAUGGAGCUGGAUGGCGGCGGAUGGACCCUCCUGCAGCGCCGCCAGGACGGCAGCGUGAGCUUCAACCGCUCCUGGGUGGAGUACCAGGCCGGCUUCGGAGUGCUGGACGGAGGAGAGUUCUGGCUGGGCAACAACAAGAUGCACCUGCUGACCCGGGACAGGGACAUGGAGCUGCGGGUGGAGCUGGAGGACUUCGAUGGAGUGACUGAGCAUGCGCAGUAUGAGCACUUCAGGGUUGCCAGCGAGCGGCUCCGCUACAGACUGACGGUGGGCGGAUACUCAGGUACCGCAGGCGAUGCUCUGCGCUUCAGCAAAACCUACGACCACCACAACAGGGCGUUCACCACCCCUGACAGGGACAACGACCGGUACCCGUCCGGGAACUGCGGGGCCUACUACAGCUCCGGCUGGUGGUUUGAUGCCUGCAUGGCUGCAAACCUCAACGGCAAAUAUUACUUUGGGAAGUAUAAAGGAGUUCGGGACGGGAUUUUCUGGGGAACAUGGCACAACAUAUCUACAGAGUACUACCCCACCAAUGAGAGACAGUCUUUUAAAUCAGUCAGGAUGAUGACCAGACCAAAGAGCUUUGGCUCGCGUUAAUAAAGCGAACAUUAAAUGCUUUUGUCCAGGUUUCUACCAAUCUUUUGAACUUUCCACUCAUUUUAACAACGACUCAGUGCUGCCAUCUUGUGGCCAUAAAUUCAGCAAAGUGGUUUAAUUUACUAGAAUACAGAAGCGGAUGAUAAGCUAUUUUACCAAAAGAUAUUAAGAAACACCCAUACAAAUCAUUGAAUUCAGGUGUUCCAGCCAUUGCUAUGACUACAAAUAGGUAUGGGCAGGUUUAAUAAGUUUUGUAAAAAGAAAAAAUUAUGUUAUACUGGUAAUAUUUCAAUAGAAAACAGAAAUGCAUUAUUUAUGACAAAUACUGCCAAAAGCUAAUUAUAAUGUAAUUGAAAUAUAAAUAAUAGCCUAUCUGUUUAAUUUAGAAGAGGGUGUUUCAAGUACAUAUGCUUACUGUGGUAAACAUAAUAAAUUUUUAUUGAUGUUUCAAAACGGCA